AUGGUACCCGUUUCCGGCGCCGCAACCACCAAACCGCCGCUGUUCGACUUCAAUGUCCUGCAAGAGUACAUCAUCCCACGCCAAGCCUUUUGCAAUCGCUACAUCACCGUUGCCGACCCGGAUGGCAAGUAUGUCGUUCUCGGCUUUCCGGUCUCCAUUCCCAGUCCGCGAUACGAUCGGAAUGAGUUCAUCUUCAACUUUGGCCUGGUCGUCGAGAAUGAAGUCGACCAGGUCCCCUACGAGCGCGUCGUGCGCCGCCUAGCCGUGACGUUCGCCGAGAUGGAGAAACAGAGCGGGUUUCUCAGCCAGGAUGUCGACGCUUCCUCCGCUCGCCGGCCGAUCGGGUCAUUGCUGGAGAUCAUCAAGGAAGAUUUGAACAACUACGGCGAGUGCAUGAUCCCAGUUGACGACGCCAACACCAUCAACAUGAAGCUCUUCCCGCACCACCCGACCCCACCCGAGGUCAAAGGCUGGCACGUCCCCGUCGCCAAGAUGAAGUUCGCCGACGUGGUCGACCCGACCUGGGACCUGACCCUCCAACGAGUGACGGCGCACAUCGACGGGGUGUCGGACGUGCGGCGCAUCGCCUUCCUGGCCGACGUGUCGCUCGAGCUGGCGCAGCUGGCCCUGCGCCACCUGCUCUACUACGACACCAUCCUGCUGCUCGACAUGUUCUUCUUCGGCGCCUGCUACGCGCCCCGCCCGGGCAUCCACGACUUUGUUGCCAACGUCGGCGGCAUGGUCGACGAGUGCGCGAAUUAUGUCUGUGUGGGCCCGGGGAGGGGUCACGAGCGGAGGAGUGGGGAUGAGGAUGAGGAUGAGGAUACAGAAGAAGAUUACGCCACAACAACCAGCAAAUAA